AUGGCGUCUCGACUGGCACCGAAGCCGUUGGCGUCGUGCGUUCUCGAAGUAGAGAGAAAGUUCCGCACCAUCGCAGUCCGCGAACUAACGCAGCAUGGCGGCACACCCCCCUUUCGGAGCCUGUCGAGGCUCCCUGCCAAGACCAUCCAGGACUCGUACUACGACCGCUCUGACGUGCUCUCGGCGGCCGGCGCCUGGGUCAGGAACCGGGACGGCAAGUGGCAGGCCAAGCUCCGACUUGGCGGCGACUUCAAAAACUCGCGCUUUGAGGAGCUAGACGACGCCCGCGACAUCGCAGCGUGCGUGAGGCGCCUCGCGGGCAUUCAGGGAACCGAGGCCGACUGCUUCGGCCUCCUCCCCAUGGCGACCUUCUCGACGCGGCGCGAGGCGUGGGUGGCCGACAGCGAGUUCCUCAUUGUCCUCGACUCCAUGGAUUUUGGCCACGAGGUCGGCGAGGUCGAGCUGCAGCAGGUUCUGGGCGGCGAGCCGAUGAGCGAGGUGCAGAAAAAGGCAACGAUGGAGGAGAUGGACAACAGGAUAGUCGCGUUUAUGAAGCGCUACUCGUGGGCCUUUGCGCCGGGCCAUCCCACUGGGAAACUCAUGGCCUACUUUGAGCGGAUGCGGGCCUCGGUCCCGUAA